AUGUGGGCGGCUUGUUCCUCCCCAUAUUUCGCCUAUAAUGUGAGCUGCACGGCAGCGGAGAUAGUUCAAGACACCAAAGAUUUCCUAAAACAGAAAGUUUGUUUGGAAAACAAAGUGAAUUCUCUCUCAUCCUCCGUUGUUGAAGCCAUGGUGUUAGACGCCAAUAGAGUAAUCUUGACCCUGCGACAAUUUUAUGUCCUCUAUCAGGAGAUCAAGCGUUUCAGCCAAAUCCCUGCUGAAACACCGGGCAGGGAGUCUGGACCUCUCCCGGAUGAAGCAUGCCUUCUGUGCUGUGACGCCUGUCCCUCCGCAAUUCUACCCUGUGGUCACAAUUUCUGUCGAAAGUGUAUCGACGAGUGGCUUAAGGCCUCCUUCGUGCUGCCCCCAGAACGCCACGAAUCCUUCACCACGAGACGAUAUUCGCGUCCAGCUACGCUGAAGAAUCGACAGCAGUGCCCCCUUUGCCGUGGACCCUGUCCACGUAGCACCGAAGCCUGGGACAUGCUUGGUCGUCCAGAUGACUUUGAAUGUCGAAGGGAGAUGUCCCGUGUCCUACUUAAUCUCAUUUAUAACGCCGGAACCCUACCUCAUCCUGACCACUAA